AUGAAACGGUUUGCAUCUUCUGGUUUACCUGCUCGAAAUGUUGCUACAUUUAGAGAAGAAAAGAAUUUUGAUUUCAUUUUGUUCAAGAUCUCACGAUUGCCAAAUGGAUUAGCAGUUGCCUCUGUAGAUCUUGGCGGUCCAGUGUCACAGCUGGUAAUUGCAUAUAAAGCAGGAACACGAUAUGAGAUGCCUGAUGAAGCAGGUUUAGUUCAUCAUAUUCGGAACUGCUUUGGAGGUGAUUCAUCAAGAUAUUAUGGUGCUCAACUACUUUGGCAAUGUGGUUCAGCUGGUGCUAGUGUAAAUUCAAUGAUGACGCGUGACUUGCUUGGUGUGCAGAUGUCAGUAAUCAGAGAUCAUGCCCAGUUGGGAUUAUCUCUUUUGGGAGAAUUGGCUCAACCAGCAUUUAAACCAUGGGAUGUUGAAGAUUUCAGUGAAGCUUUAAAUAUUGAUCGCAGUUAUCUUAAACCAUAUGACAUGUUGAUGGAGAAAUUACAUGAUGCCGCGUUUCGAAAUGGUCCUCUUGGAAAUCGUUUAUUCGCGAAAGAAAAAAGCAUAGGCAAAUUCAGUUACCGGAAAAUGCAGAUUUUUGCAGCUUCACAAAUGGUGACUGGGAAUGCUGUGCUUGUUGGAGUGAACAUUCCACACGAGCUAAUUGUAGAUUAUGCUAGCAGUCAGUUCACGUUACCUGAGGGUAGUCCGUGUUCAGUAAAACCAUCUAAAUAUUAUGGUGGAGAAGAACGGCAUAAAACUUUGCUGAAUGAAGCUCAUGUCGCCAUCGCGGGCAGAGGAGCUCCUUUGACAAACCUUAAAGGCUUAGCCACGCAAGCUGUAUUAAGCGCUGCUUUUGGUCAAGGAGCAUCAGCAAAAUAUGCCGUAGGUGCUGGACAGGGUGCAAUUGCGAAGGCAAUUUUCAAAGCGUCAAAUGGUUACCCAUUUGGUUUUGAUUCGAUAUCAGAAGUAUAUUCAGAUGAAGGACUUGUUGGUAUAUAUCUUGUUUCUGAACCCGAUCAUAUAGGCACUCUCUGUGAUGCUGCAGUAAAAGCCAUAAAAUCAUUUAAGAUCGACGAUUCAGUUUUGGAAACCUCAAAAAAUAUAGCCAAAAUGAACGUUCUAACUCGAGCGGAAUCGGCAGAAAAUCUUGCAGUAGAUCGUGCUGCCCAAAUUCUUGCAACUGGAAAAGCAGAGACGGUUUCUGACUUAUUGCAAGAAAUAACAUCUGUUACAAUCAGUGAUGUUGCAAAGGCGGCAGAUCAGAUGAGAUCAAAGUUAUCGCUUGCUUCACAUGGGAAUAUCUAUCAGGUGCCUUACCUUGAUCAGCUGUAA